CCUGUCUCAACUCCACCUAUGAAUACAUCUUCAACAACUGUCAUGAACUCUACAGCAGAGAGUACCAGACAGACCCUGCUAAGGCUGACGUUCCAGAAGAGCAGGGUCCCAGUAUCAAGAACUUGGACUUCUGGUCAAAACUCAUCACCCUCAUCGUCUCCAUCAUAGAGGAAGACAAAAACUCCUAUACACCCUGUCUCAACCAGUUUCCUCAGGAACUGAAUGUGGGCGUGAUCAGUGCAGAGGUCAUGUGGAACAUGUUUGCUCAAGAUAUGAGAUAUGCCAUGGAGGAGCAUGAGAAGAACCGGCUGUGUAAGAGUGCUGAUUACAUGAACCUGCACUUCAAGGUGAAGUGGCUCUACAACGAAUACUGCAAAGAGCUGCCCACCUUCCAGAAACGUGUACCUGAGUAUCCAGCGUGGUUCGAGCCGUUUGUCAUCCAGUGGUUGGACGAGAACGAGGAAGUGUCCAGAGACUUCCUGCACGGUGCCCUAGUGAGGGACACAAAGGACGGG